GGGUUUGGGCUAGGGUAAUGACCAGGAUGAUGAUAUAAUUAUUCAAGUGGGUUCCGAACAUGAGGGAAGCGAUUUUGAAACUCAUAAAUGAUAAACGGUUUCGGCUCAAGUGGUCACCCUUCCAACCGGAGUAGCAGGCAAAUGUUUUGUUAUCUGAACGAAAUAAUAGCUCGAUCACAAAUAUACAACAGCUUCCUUGUUCUAAAUGGACGUAGAUUAUUGAAAUUCCUGAAUUGAUAGGAAUGUUUUAGGGUACGAAUGCAUGUCUAGCAUUAUUACAGUAACUAAAAAGCAGUAUGUCAAGCAUGAAAUCUAUGACACUAUAAUAACAAUAUUGCAAUCCAACAACUACAAUAAUAAGCAAUAUCAACUCAGUUCACUCACAACGGAAAUACAGAUUCAAAACUGACACUUUUGACAACUUCAAUAAAAAAACUGAAUAAACGUCCGGUACUUAUAGAUUGUCAUGUAUACAUUUUUUUCAAAUUACGACCAGGAUUUCAUUCUAUUACGUUUAACUUUCAAUCAGUCAGGGUUUACAUGUUGAGGUGAAAAGAUGGAGAAACCUAUAGCAAGAAGUAGGAUUUCAAAUUUACUUGGUUCGAAAAUGAUCAUUAUACUUGGAACUCUAUUUGUGAUAUUCUUCCUGCCAACUCAGGGUAUGAAAUGUAGAGAGAACGGAGGUAACACCUCUAAACAGGAUUUCAACGAUGUAGUACGGGCAUGUAUGGCCAAUCUACACGAGGAAGGAAACGUUGCCAUGAAAAAACCCGGCAACAAUAAUUAUUUCAAUACGAGAAACGAUGAGAACCGCAAUGAGUUCCACGGCCAGAGAAGACCUCACAAUCAGGCUGGACAUCAUAACAGGGGGACCGCCCAGCAGCAAUUUGAUAAUCGAAAGGGAGGCGGCUACAGGGAUGAUUCCGAUGAAUCGCUAUACCCGCCACAUUACAACGGGUUCAGGCCAAUUUCAGCCAAUAACAACAACGGAUUUGGAUCGGGCAACUACUACACUGCAGGCAGAAACCCGUCGUCGGGAUCCAACAACAAUCCGUUUGAAACGAAUCGAGGAAAUAAGCGACAAAACAACACUAACACUAAUAACAACAACCACAACAACAGAGAACCGUCAAAGCAUGGCGGGGCAUCACCGUUGGAAGAUAUUGAGCCGUGCAUUAUACAUUGUGUAUUUCAACAGAUGCGAAUGCUUGGCAGUGGCUCUAAACCGGAUAAGAACUCAGUGCUUUCUGUGAUGACUCAGAAAAUUCGAAAUCCAGAAUUGCGUGAAUUUAUUCAAGACUCUGUGAAUGACUGUUUUGAGGCCGUAGAGUCAGAACCUCAGUAUCAAAUCGGAAAGUGCGAUUUCUCGAAGAAGCUGGCUCUGUGUAUGGAAGAAAAAGGACAACAGAAUUGCGAAGAUUGGGAUGAAGAAGACGAUGAUGAUGCCAACAAUAAAAGGAAAGGAAACAACCCUAACAUCAACAGAUAUCCAAAUAAUGGCAUUAAUAACAACAAUAAUUACAACUCUAAUCCAAGGCCUAACAACAAUCCAUACAGAGGCUAAACCAAUUUUUUAUAUUAUUCUAAUAAUAGAUUAGAAUACUGUAGUCCACAAUAGGUAUGUUAUUAUGUAUUGAGAGUAUAAAAAAUGUUUCCAUGCGAUAAGCCAAAAACGUGGUGAUACUAUUGUAUUA